AUGCUACCUGAGGAGAAUGAAGAGCGUAAUGUACGAACCGAAAGGAGCUCAAAGGAUCAGAAUACCUCAAAUGUUGACGCUGGAAGAGUGAAAUUGGUUACUAAGCUACUAUUAGAUUCCAGAUACGGUCUUCUCGAUGAUUUAAAUUACGGCAGGAGUGUUUCAGGAUCUCUUACCGACCCGAAUGUACACCCAAAUAGGAAUUCCUAUGAGCCUUCCGGCGUGACGUCGAUCAAUGAUGAACAUAAUUCAAAGGAAGCCUUAAAUAUUGGACCUAUUAAAAGUAAUGUGGGCGGGAAAAAUCAUAUCAACCUCUUUACAGAUAAUAAUGAGGUGCAGGGAAAUAGCCAUACUGAAUCUGACACGAGGUUCCUCAGUAGUAAACUAGCAGGUGUCCUCUCAAAACAAAUAGCUGAGACGAAAAAUGCAAUCCAACCACUCGCUGUACCGAAAUCUACUAGGUUAAAGGCAGAAAAGGUAAAAAUAUACCUGGAUUUCUAUUACACGUUGAUUGCUAGGUGUGUCUCGGUGGGUGAAGAGGAUAUCGAACAUAAGGGUGUUGAAGGUGUAUAUAAUCCUUUACAAACUAUCAGGAAUAGAAGACUAAGAAAAAAAACGGGCUACGACUUAAAUACAAGAAAGCUAUCUUUUUAUAAGACUCCAAUUAUUGCAAUACUUCAAUUCUCAAAAUCAAAUCCUCACAGAAAAAAAUAUAAAUGGUUCGUCGACGUCAAUGAGAAAUAUGGCGACAUAACAUGGAGAACAAGUCACUGGCCCGAUUUACUUGACCCGGAUGGGAACCUAUGGUUUGGUGCUUCUCAUGAGAAAAAGAGAAAAAAGAAGAAGAGUAAACAUGCUGUUAUUCCUCAUCACUCUACUCACCGUUAUCAUCAUCAUCAUCAUCACCGCCAUGAAAAUGAUAAAGACGAUGAAUUAUCUUUAAAUAGUGAAAGUUCAAAGGAGGUAAUGAAAAGUAAUGAAGAAGGCAUGAAGCAUUUGAAAGUUUAUCAUAGCAGCAAAUCAAGCGCAACCAGCAGUGAUUCUCAAUUAGAACGUAAACAUUCGAAUGAAUGUUCUGGUACUCCAUUCAAGAAUAUUCAUGAUCAUGCAUCCUCUGAUGAUAGUAAUGAGAGCACUGCAAAAUCCAACGGGAAGAGCCGUCUUGACAAAAUUAUCAGCAAGACUGCCAAAAGGUCUAAAAGAUGGUCAUCGCGGUCACCAAAUAAAACCGCAGAGAACAGUGUAGAACCGUUAAAUUUGAACAUGGGAGCGAAUAAAAGCGGCACCGCAGCGGGAACAGAUGUCUACUUAAAUAGCACCAAAUAUGUUACCCCUACGGAGGCCAAACAUUCACGACAAAGAUCAAAUCUACUAGACGACAUACCAAUCCAGACAAUUAAACAACGUCACCAACAAUAUAGCAGCGAUGAGAAUAAUGCAGAGGAAAACGGUAAUAGUGGGACUGAAGGAAGCAUGAAAGGCCGUUAUACAGGUCUUGAUUCUUCAUUUAUACCCCCAGCGCAUGAACUUUCCGACUAUGAUAUACCAAUAGAUCCUCAACUAUUAAAGUACUGGCAUGACACAAGAUAUAUUAUUAGUACUAUAGCUGUUAUGAAACAUAGAAGGGAAACGCAUGAUAUAGUGAAAAAGAAGAUGUUGAAAUUAAGAAACGAAAAUACGCAUAUUAAUACCGAUGCCACUGAUAAGAACAUCACUGAAACUCAUGCAAUUAUCAACACAUAUAAUAAAGAAAUGGAAAGGGUUUUAAAAAUAGGAAACGACUGGACAUCAAAGUUGCUAAACGAUUAUUCUAUUAGAAUUGAAUCGUUGAUUUCAUCCAGUGACAGAAUAUUAAGUGAUAUCAAUACCACUUUAACUUUGAAAUUAAAGUUAUUUCAGGAAAACACAGAAAGGUUUAAUAAUCUAAAGGUAAUGAAAACACCGAAGUUAACCAAAGUUGUUUAUCGACUUUUAGAAUUCAUAAUUGUUGGAUUACUGUGGUGGAUCUGGCUUGUUGUUAGUUUAUUAAGAGAAAUUAAGCAUGGUUUAUUACUUCUUAUCAAAUUAUUAAAAUGGACGUUGUGGUAA